AUGCCAUGGCCGUCCUCGUCCCUCUUCACUGUCCGUGAGACUGCCACCUCUGGUCGAGGUGUCUUUGCUACCCAACUCAUUCCUACCGGCGCUCACCUCCUCACCUGCCCCGACCUGGCGUACGGGAUCGUCUUCCGGGAAUACCGGAGGGAAGUCUGCAACUGGUGUUUCGCCUAUGAACAGGGAGACAUAUUGCCUGUCAGGGAGAACAGGGCGGCUCUGGUUUGGUGCUCUGAGGAAUGCAAGGAAGAGUGGAUGCGGGAGCAUGGGCAGGAAGGGGUGGAAGCAUAUGCGGUAGUAGAGGAGCUGGCGAGAAAGCAGGCCAAGUCGGAACCGGUCGCCAGCGGUUCCUCUACCACUGUCGACGUACCUCGAGAACCGUCUCUCGAAGAAGUAGAACAAGCUUGGAUCAAGGCGGAAACUCAAGCCGAGCUCAUCGUCGACGCAAGAACACUUCCACGCCCAUCCAAACCUCAACGCAAGGCCAUCGUACUCGCACUCGAGACGAAACUCGAUAGCAUGACCAUCAAUCACGCCAUCUCCGGUAUUCUCGCCUCGAAGAAUCACCCUUCCACCUGGUCCAGCGUUGAAGAGCUCUACGCCUCUCCUCAACCUUACAACACCCUCGACCAGCUCAAUGCACACACGGCUUCCUACCUACACCUCCUCGCUCUCCUCCCUCUCUCGCUCUUGCCGCAUUGUACAAGAGAGAUCCUCAACACGGCCCUUAACAGGGACGCCCACAACUCGUUUGGCAUCCGAUCGCUGGACGACGACGCCUCGGAAAUGUUCGGGUACGGUACCUGGCCCUCCGCUUCGUACUGGAACCAUUCCUGUCGACCCAACAUUACCAAAUCCCGCAAAGGUCGGAAAUGGACGUUCUCGACGAGCAGGGAAGUGAAAGAGGGCGAAGAGUUGUGUAUCACCUACCUCGGUGGAGAGGAAGAAGAGGUGGGAGUCGAGAAGAGACGGGAGAUGUUGGAAAAGGCUUGGAAGUUUGUUUGUGGGUGCGAAAAGUGCACGGAAGAGGCGGGCCAGGUGGACGAUGCGAAGAGGCGGUUAGAGUGA